CACUCGACGUUGUCUCUCAUUGCUACAUCUCAACAGAGUCGCCCUGCAGACGUUUGUCGUUCGCAAUGGCGGGCACUUCUUCAUCCUCGUCUGCUCCGCUGCCGACGUCGCAACAGAUUCAACAGUCGAUUCAACAACUGUCCUACCUCUCCACCCUUCUCGACUCUUCCGCUUCCAAACAAGUCGAUGACCCCACCCAAGCACCGCAAUCCUCCGAGUCGCGUUUCCCUGGUCUGGUAGAGAUUCUACCUCACCUCCUCGCUCCACUCACCGAUCUCACUCGUCUUCAGGCAGCAGCAUCCACCGCAGAUCGGCGUACUAGUGCCAACGGGUCCAAUGGGAAGAAGCCAAAUGCUUCCGCAUCUCUAACUACCAACAUUCAGCCAAGUCCCUCCCUCGCAACGUACCGGCCACUAGCUUCGCAAGUGUCGUCCAUCUUGUCGCAACUGAUGACUGGAGUACGGGAUGAGACGGGCGAAGGAGUGAGGGAAGCAAUACGCAUCGCUGAGGAUGUUCUUGAUUCUCAGAGCGGCAAGAGGGGUAGGGAGGGCGCAGAGCUGACUAGGGAAGAGAAGAAGGAGAUCAUCCUCAGCAGGAGGAGGAAGCGAAGGGCUACGGCGCAGGCACGGCUCGAUGCAGGAGUUCCAGCUCCUUUGCCCAUCGCCUCGACGAGCUCCCCGAAGACACCGAAAACGCUGUCCUUCGACACCUUGAUCAAGUCAGUCCUAUCCUCAGAGGGAGAGACAGCCUCAGAGGUUGAGGGUCAUCCUUCAGCAGAAUCCAUACGGGCUUCCAUCAACACCCGGCUGGAGAGCAUACGCAGCAAUUGCAAAUCCUUUGACAAGUUGCUAGCCGAGCAGCCGCCAAGUACCAACAACGCUACAUCGGCUCCGACUGCUCCAAAGAAGAAGACGGAGAGGCCCCGCAUCUGGAUCGCUCAGCUGGUUGCCGACGACCAGGAGAGCGCAGAUGCGGGUUCGAGCCGCAAGCUCUGCCAUGGCAUCAUCCGUGUUCGGCUGCCAGAGGUAGGCGAUGGGCUAUUAUGGUUCGAGUGCAAGGGCAGGGAUGCGGGAUGGGUAAGCCACAUCACAAAAGUCAAUCUGCGUACCAGUGCGGAGAUCGAAGCUGGGGAAGUACUGAUCAAGACGAAGGGCAUCUCGCAUCUGCAUCUGCCUUCGUCAAGUGCCAUGCUACGAGAGGUGACUAUGCACAUGCUCCGUCGGAUCGCCUGGUGCAAAGGAAGCCAAGAUCCUCUAUCCUCCAUCACAGAAAUAGUGCUCCGCAUCCUUGCUGUCCGAUCGCUGUACAGGCAGCCUCCGCCAACGCUGGAACAGCUCAGUCUCACGCGAAAACAGGACGAGCAGCUCAAGAUGCUCACGGGUGUAGAAAUGGCUACGCAACAAGACAAGGAGAAGCACAUUGGCGUUGCAGGCUGGCUGGAUCCAAGGGCAGAAGCAGACGGAGCAGCAGACAGUGUCGGCAUCCGAUGGGCUUGGUGUGUCGGGGAAGGAGAAGACGGAGGAUAUGUUGGGGGUGGUCAAUGGUUGGCCUUUGUCAACUGAGCCUGUGCCCUGAACACAUCAUCCAUUGUGCGUUG